CUGCCGCGGUCGUCCCCCCCACUGGAUGACACCACAGAGGCGACCAUGCACACUAUUAAGACUGUGGAGACCCAAGUGCCCUUUCUGAAGGAGAGCUUCUUCACCAGCACCUUCAAGGACAGGAGGAAAAGCAGUGCCACCAACGUCCUGCGUAGACAACAACAAUCUCAGCCCCACGUGCAGCUCAUUUCUGAGCAUCCGAAGCAUUUCUCCCCUGCCAGGGAUCAGCGACUCGCGCGCUCCAACAGCAGCCCGUUAUGCAACAGAUCUGACUGGACGGGAGCAGACAGGGACAGGAAGGAGGGGCCAAAGGAGAGGAGCGCCCUGACUGGGAGGGGUGGAGAGCGGGAAGUGAACGGCAGCGAGCCCGAGGCUGUCACCGCCAGUCUCCGCCUCCUCUCAGCAUCAGCAUCAUCCUCACAGCUGCCUCCCACUCUGCCGGGGAAGCAGGCGGGAUUAAGCGGAGGAGCCCGUGAGGACCCCCGGCGUCAUGGCCAGCCUCGACCCCAGCAGCAUGGCCUCCUAGCUAGGGGUGUGCGCCUGCUCCGGAGCAUGGGCAAUCAGGAGGCCAAGCAGAAGAAAGGAGGCAACGGCGGAGGCGGAAAGGAUAGCUCGUGCGACUCCGGGGAAGCGGAUAAGAAAUCAAAAAAAUCUAACAAGGCGAGCAAAGCAGGUGGGGAGCAAAAGAAAUCCAAGUCGGAUUCGAAGGUUUCAGUCUUCUCCGGGAUGAAGAUCAGGAAGAGCUCCAAGGCAAAGGCAUUGUCCAAGGAUGACUUGCUGGAGGAUGAGAGGUCAGCUCACGCUGGAAAAGCAGGCCUUAUGCCGGCAGCGAGCCUGUCAGCUGACGAGAUGGGAAUGUUGUCGGAGGGUGAGCUCAGCCACUUGACCACAGGAAGCCAGCAAUCCAUCCUGGACGACACGUGCCAAAAGACCAGCUCUGGAUCGGAUGUAGACCUCUACAGUUUUCACUCAGCACCAGCUGACAACGAGGACCUGUUGUCUGACAUCCAGCAAGCCAUGAAGAUCCAAUCAGGUGAUGCGGUUCUGACUCAGGGGUCCACCUUCCAAGGAAGCAAAACCAAGUUUCUGUCCCAGCAGGCUUUUAGCUUUGACAAGGACUCUCAAAGGAACACGUCGGAGAGCACCCCGAUGUCAAGAGAUUCAUCAGUACCUGGAUCGCUGAGUGAGAGUGGACCGUCCUCGGUGCCGGACACUGAGAGGAGCAGUGGAAGCCUUUUCCCAAAGACCAACAGCACCUACAGCUUCCCGGACACUUUGACCACCACUACCUCCUACGAGAGUGCCGAGGAUGACCCCGGUCAAGAAAACUGGGCGUCUCAAAGCAAAUACCCAGGUGUGCCAUGCGUUCAGGUGGAGCCUGUGGCGGCUAGCCCUCACAAGAGUGCAAGCAGCAUGGAUCUGUUUUUGGGGCCAGUGGAGGAUGACGGCAGGCGGGACUUCCUGUCCCUUCGGAAGAAGAGCAGUUUAUCAAUAAGCCAGCUUCCAACUGAGAGCCCCUCAGCUUCUCAGCUUAGACCAACUUCCACCAUCUCUCCAUCCACGGUUAAACUCUACCCCCCAGUCCACCCCUCCUACGUGAAGACCACCACCAGGCAACUAACCUCCCCCAUUGAGUCCCCCCUCACCAGCCCCUGCGUGCCCAGGAGAACAGACUCAGUGGAAGCAGGCGACGCCCAGGGAGGCAGGGGGCGCAAGCAGAGGUCCAGCUCCAUCGGAGGGCCACUCGGCACAUCCGCCGACUGGUCCGCCGAGCAGGAGGGAGCGGGGGCUGAGUUCUCUGAGCAGGAGACAUCAGAGAAGGGCGGUGCAGGCGGGACUUACUGGACACUGGGCUCCAGGAGGGCCCGGUAUGGACACUCCAGGUCCUCCAGGGCGACAGCAUCUUACCUGGACAUCUUCUCUGGCCGCUCUCUGCUGGACAGGUUGUGUAUGAGUCAGGAUGACGGCUCUUCAGAGGAGCAGGCCAAGGAAAUGUGUCAGAGGAUGUUGACUCAAGGUCUGCUGCACCCCUUCAGCGACAACAGUGGUGAUGCCAAGCCAACUUUCAAUGGGGAGCAGCUGUACACCUGGGCCACGGUGGGCCUGCCAGUGUCCUCACACCUGUGGGAGCUGUAUGGGGGGAGAACACCCACCAGAGUGCAGAAUUUUAGAUCACCUUUGGAGGCCAAGACCACAACAGGAGUGACGCCUCACCCGCAGUCUGAUCCCAGCAGGUUGAAGUCAGCUCAGUCUUCUUCCGAGGAUGAAGGCAGCAUCAUAUCACAGCUGGAGAAGACCAUCCACGACCUCCGUGUGAAGAUGGCCGUGCUGCAGAGUCAACAGGCCAGCGGGCACGAAGUGGGGAGAGGCAGCUCGGGGGUGAGGGGCCAGGAGGUGUUUGUCCAGACGUCUCCAGUGAAGGAUAAGUUGGAAGCUGAGGUGGGCUUUGUCUGCACGUGCCAACAGAAGCAGCAGACUGUCCCUCCUCCACCACCUCCUCCACCUCCACCACCCUUAUCUGGGCUUGCACCUUGCCCCCCUCCACCACCACCACCACCACCGCCGCCUCCUGGUUUUGGAGCUCCACCCCCACCUCCCCCUCCACCGCCAGGUAUGGGCCCCCCUCCACCUCCCCCGCCACCGGGGAUGAUGGGCCCCCCACCUCCGCCACCGCCCCCAGGCCUCGGCCCCCCACCACCACCGGGCCCCAUGUUCCCCACGACGGUGCAGGAAGCCGCCCCUGCCAAGGCUAUGAUUGAGCCCCCCAAGCCAAUGAAGCCCCUCUACUGGACACGCAUUCAGCUUCAUGCAAAGAAGCACGCCGGCUCAUUGGUAUGGGAACAAAUCCAGGAACCAACUGUGGACUUUGAAGAAUUUGUGGAACUGUUCUCCAAAAGCGCUGUAAAAGAAAAGAAAAAGCCCAUUUCGGACACAAUCAGCAAAUCCAAAGCCAAGCAGGUGGUGAAGCUGUUGAGCAACAAGCGUUCUCAGGCUGUUGGCAUUCUGAUGUCGAGCAUCCAUCUUGACAUGAAGGACAUCCAGAAUGCCGUCCUAAAUAUGGACAACGCUGUCGUCGAUCUGGAGACCCUGCAAGCGUUGUAUGAGAACAGGGCCCAAAGUGAUGAGUUGGACAGCAUCAGGAAACACAUGAAGUCUGCUGCAGAUAAGGAGGACACAAAGCCGCUGGACAAGCCUGAGCAGUUUCUGUUCCAGUUAUCUGAAAUCCCCAGCUUCUCCGAGCGGGUCUUCUGCAUCCUCUUCCAGUCAACUUUCCAUGAAUGCAUCACCUCAAUCAUCCGAAAAAUGGAGAUUCUUCAAAGAACAUGCAAGACUCUUCAGAGUGGCAAGUGUGUAUUGCAGGUUCUGGGAUUGGUGCUGGCUUUUGGGAACUUCAUGAAUGGAGGAAAUCGCACUCGCGGGCAGGCCGAUGGCUUCUCCUUGGACAUUCUGCCCAAACUGAAGGACGUUAAGAGCAGUGAUAACUCCCAGAGUCUUUUGUCCUACAUCGUUGCUUACUAUCUGAGGCACUUUGAUGAGAACGCUGGAAGAGAGACCUGCUCUUACCCUCUACCCGAGCCACACGACCUUUUCCAGGCCUCCCAGAUGAAGUUUGAUGACUUUCACAAAGACCUGCGUAAGCUGAAGAAAGACCUGACAGCGUGCUCCAGAGAGACGGACAAAGUAUGCAAGCUGUCCUCUGUUGACAACCUGCAGCCCUUCAAGGACAAGAUGGACGCCUUUGCGAGCCAAGCCCAAGCAGAGCUGGAAACCCAGGAGAAGGAGCUGGCCGACACUCAAAAGACCUUCUUGGAGUUGAGUGUGUCCUUCUCAGUCAAACCCAAAGCAGGCGAGAAGGAGGUCUCUCCCAACACCCUGUUCAGCAUUUGGCACGAGUUUUCCACGGAUUUUAAGGAACAGUGGAAAAAGCAGAAUAAGCUGAUGUUGAAAGAGCGGCUGAAAAUGGCAGAGGAGUGUUUCCGACAAGCCAAGGAGAAAUCUUCCUACAAUGUCAAACCCAAGCACGCGACUGGAAUAAAAGCAAAGCUGGGCCAGAAGAUGUAAAACAGAGAAGACUAAUCAGCGAGGCUGCUGCGCAAGUACAAUCAGACAUUUCUGCUGUAUAUUCUUUUUUUUUUUUACAAUUGGAUUUUAAACUGUUGCUUAUCACGAGUCAGAGAAAAAGGAAUCCUUGGCUCCUCUCUGGCAGCACUUACUGAAUUAUUACAUGCAGGAGACAAACUUAAGCCGAGGGGAUUAAAGGUGGAGACGCCAGAAAAUGCUCUCUGCAAUUUGUAGCAACGCUGCAUACGUAUGUAGACCACGUUCUUUCUUUUUAGUGCAGCCUGUUUAUGAGUAAACAAACACGUUUAUAACAGGUAUAAAUCUCCUUGACAGUGCCUUAACACACACACACACACACACACACACACACACACACACACACAGCGAGUUGACAAGUAAGUGAUGUGCAACAUGGACUUUGGAGACAUGUCAUUUCACUUUCGCAUCGUCUACUACUGCUUCAUCCCGGUAGCAGCACUCAACACCUCCUCGGCCACGCUCACUUCCCCAUAAAGGCCAUGCCCCCCCCUCUCCCCCAUCUCCUUCUUAAGUGGUGUUAUUGCUUAAUUCAUCACUGUCAGCGUACUUUAUGCGUUAAAUCCUAUGCAGCUCAUUUCUGCCUUUCCUGCACUACAGUGUGAUAUGCUAACCACUAACCAAACGCGAGCAUCAUGUGAUUUGACAUUCCGUAUGUUUUUGGCUCUGAAAAGACAUACAGUAUUUAUUGAAUAAAAGAAUUUAUAUACGUUUUAA